UUGAUAUAUGUGAAGGCCAUGAUUGUAAGAAUGGAGGAAACUGUGUGGCCAACCAGUCUGUAAUACGUGGAUACACAUGCAGCUGUGUUACUGGAUAUGUAGGAGACAACUGUGAAGUUGGUGUUUGUGAGAGCCAUAGUUGUAUCAAUGGGGGCUUGUGUGAAGCAGACCAAACCACUUCCAGAGGAUACAAGUGUAACUGUGUUUAUGGUUAUGUUGGAGACAAUUGUGAAGUUCUCGGAAUAGACUGUAAGGUGUAUCGUGAUAUUGGUUACACGGAGUCAGGUGUGUACGGUAUUUACCCCUUUGGACCUAGCUCUGAGUCUGUAAGAACCUACUGUGAUAUGGAGACCGCGGACGGAGGCUGGACAGCUAUCCAAAAAAGGCUAGAUGGAUCACUGAGCUUUGACAGGCAAUGGCUAGAGUAUAAGAGAGGUUUUGGUGCACCGGAGCACAGCUACUGGAUUGGAAAUGACAUCAUCCAUCAGCUGACAAAGGGAAAUGACUCAUCUCUGUUUGUUUCCAUCACGCUCAUUAAUGGCACAAAACUGUAUGAGUUGUUUGACAGAUUUUCUGUUUCUACUGAAGAAAAUAAUUAUCAACUCUUUAUUGGGGGACCUGCCAUAGGAACAUUAGGUGACCGUAUUUUAAACCCUGACGCCCCUUCUCUGUCCGGCCUGUACUUUACCACCACCGAUAGGGACAAUGACAGGUUUCCUAACUUUAACUGUGCUAAAGGUUUCAAAGGAGGUUGGUGGUAUAACAGAUGCCAUAGUGUCUUUCUUAACGGACCCUGGUCCUCUGAAGACUGGGAUCGACCCUGGUAUCCUACCGUUGAGUCUGGAAUAGCUGUGAGAGGGACUCUAAUGAUGAUAAAACGCCAAUUGCAAUAAGGAGAAC